AUGGCGGUACUGCUCCACCCUCAAGCGGCGGAUCCGGCUCGACGGCACCCCUUUCCCACCCUCGACGGCAGAUCUGGUGAGUGGCGCUUCUUCCCCACCCCCGAUGAUGGCGGAUCUGGUUCUGGAGGCAUGGAUCUGGUGGUGGUGCGACCAGAUCCGGUGGCGGAGGCGCGGCGCGGGGCUCGGCCCUUCUCCGGUGGUGGCGGUGGCACGAGGCUCGGUCCUUCUCCGGCGGUGGCCAGAUCCGGCUAG